GGAGAGGUGAAUAUUAGGAAGCAAGCGCUGAUUCUUUUAUGAGUUUUGAACUUUGGGUUGGUGAAAGGUGAUGGAAGCAACUAUAGGUGAGGUUCGUUGCGAACCCAGACAUUUGAGUAUUUUUCAUUGUUCUGAGUCAUGAAGGACAUUGAGGCUUGUAGAUCUAGCUCAAAAAGAAGGUGGGGAAAUGGGAAUAGAAACACAGAAGCCAAGAUAUGCAUUUGAGGAAUGGCAUAAUUUUAUAAAUUUGAGUGGAUAUGAAGCUUGGCUAACAGUUGGUGCAAUUCUGGGUGUAAAGGCGUUACCAUGUCCCGGCUGUAUAGGCAUUCCACAAGAAAGAGGUGGGACGACACCAGGAUGCAUUGAUGUUGAAGGUCUCAAUGGAUGUAGCUGUGGGGCAGGAGCAGGGAUUUCACUGCCAACUUGGAGGUUUCCAAUAGAACGGGUGAUGGAACUGAUGUGGAGAGGAGGCUUACAGUUGAUUGUUGAUAAAGCAGUUCAAAUGUGCUGAACUCUUGUAAGAAUGGCAAUGACGCCUUUUUAAAUAUCAAAUGCUCAAAAUUUAACAAAGAAAUAGUAAAUGAAGCAAUAAACAAACAAUGAAUCC